AUGUUCUUCCGGAGUAAAGUUUAGAAAAUGUUGAUGGUUGCCACAUGCCCGUUGUAGCACGGGCAGUACAUUUGUGAAUUAAAUAAUCGUAAUCUAACUGCGGCCACUGAAAACCUGGAAGAAUGAAGGACACACCGCUGUCUAACUGUGAGCGAGAUUUCUUGCUAAAAGCCAUCGAAGAGAAGAAGCGCCUGGAUGGAAGGCAGACCUACGACUACAGAAAGAUGAAGAUCACAUUUGGGACUGACUAUGGAUGCUGUUUUGUGGAUCUGGGGAAAACCAGGGUCAUGGCCCAGGUGUCGUGUGAGCUGGUGGCUCCUAAAGAGAGUCGACCAAAUGAAGGGAUCAUGUUCUUCAACAUCGAGAUGUCGCCCAUGGCCUCACCAGCAUUUGAACAGGGCAGACAGUCUGAGUUGUCAGUGAAGCUAAACAGACAGCUGGAGAGAUGCUUGAGAAACUCCAAGUGCAUUGACACUGAGUCCCUUUGUGUGGUGUCUGGAGAAAAGGUGUGGCAGAUCAGAGUGGAUGUUCAUAUGUUGAAUCAUGAUGGGAACCUGAUGGAUGCUGCCAGCAUUGCUGCCAUCACGGCUCUGUGCCACUUCAGACGUCCUGAUGUUGGCAUUCAGGGGGAUGAAGUCACAGUGUACAGUCCAGAGGAGAGAGACCCCAUUCCUUUGAGUAUCUACCACAUGCCCAUCAGUGUCAGCUUCUCCUUCUUCCAACAAGGAACCUACUUGUUAGUGGACCCCUGUGAGCGGGAGGAGCGGGUGAUGGACGGCCUGCUGAUGAUUGCCAUGAACAAACAUAGAGAAAUCUGCUCCAUCCAGUCCAGUGGGGGCAUCAUGUUGCUUAAAGAGCAGGUUAUGAGGUGCAGUAAAAUAGCCAGCGUCAAAGUGUCUGAAAUUACAGAGCUCAUCAGCAAAGCCCUGGAGAAUGACAAGAAAGCAAGGAAGGCGGGUGGUAGGUGUGGUUUUGCAGAAUCUAUGCCUCAGGAGCGAAUCACAGCACUGAAAAUGGAUGAGACUUCAGUGGAGAUGACAGAUGUGACAGACAGAGCCAAUGACAUUGUUCAGAAGGCAGAGGGCGCACCUCAGACGGUGCCCUCCCCAGUGGUGCCUGUCCCAGGUGUGGGUCAGGUAGGGCAGGGACUACAGAACACCUGGGGACUAGAGGAGGAUGAUGAAGAGGAUGAGGGUGAAAAUGACAAUAGUCCUGAAGAAGAGGAAGAAAAAGUAACAAAGAUGGAAGAGGAGGAGCAUGUAAAGGAGGAGAGCAGAGGAGAUGUGGUUGAGAUAUCGGACAGUGAAGAAGAGGAAGUGGUCAUACUGCAUCCGGAGACACCAGACAAAGCUCCUAAAAAUACUGGACCCAGCUCCCAACAGAAGGGGGCAGCAACAUCAAAGAAAAGACAGAAAAAGUGAAAGAAGGUUCUCCGGGAGCUUACUGCAGUCACAGAUCUUCAUAUCUACACCUCGUCAUAUUUAAGAUUGCUUUCCUGGCUAAAUUCAUUCCUUCCUGAUAUAUAUUGGGAUAAAAUAGAUGUCACAGUUCAGAGACACUUCCAAGUGUUGGAUUAUUGCUCUGAGAAUAUUCAGUGUGCUUCUUGUUUGUAGACAUUGUAGGAUUAAUUUAGAAACAGACUGCUCUUACAACUGUACAGAUAAUGAUUUUUACACUUUUGUUUACAGUGAAAGGAUGUAUGAUUGGAGAAAAAAAAUGUAACCACUGUUGUGUGGUUUGCACAGCAGAGAUCUGUGGUGUUGAUGGUGAAUUUUAAUUAAAAGAGAAACACAUGAA